UUUUAUUAAAUUUGAAUUGGAGAUGAAAAUGUCUGGCUUUAUGUAUGUGCUAAGUUCGAAGCUUAAUGAUGCUGAAUGUUGAUUAUUUUAAAUUUGGUUUUAUCUUAGCAAUAACAUAAUUUUCAGUACCAUCAACCUGUUUUAUUCUUUAUUUUCUUAAUUUUUAUUUUUGAUAUUUCUAGCUUUUUUUUUCUUUAUUUUUUUAAAAUUUCAGUUUUGAUAUUUCCAGCUUAUUUACUAAAUUAUUUAAGUUAAUUAAUCCUUAUUAAUGUAAAAGUUUGGUAUUUGAUUUACUUUUUAUGGGCUUUUCCUUUGAUAAUUCAAUAGCUAAAAGCCUGUAAAUCUUGGAUGAGACUAGUUUAUAGGCACUAGAAACUCAUUUAAUCGAUGAACAUUUUACUCUGGGGAUGUGUUGGUUUUUAUUUUGUUUUUCGCGUUCUCCACUGGUCCCUGUUAUUAAAGUGCACAUGAUAUAAUCCUUUAUAGCACUGGAAUAACUUCUGAGUCCUAGAAAGUAUCUACCGAUAAUUCCCUCUCCAUUUUCUUUGGUGGUCCUUACUUGUUUGGUAGAAUUUUAUAAUACAAUUGAAUGUGGAAGAUUGCCACUGGUGAGAUAUGCCUUUUGGAAGUUUCUGUUAGGCAGAAGAUAAAUUCAUAAAAUGGUGAUAAGUAUCAGUGGGCUUUAUGGUUAUGAAUUCUGGCUAGUGACCAAACGAUAUGUGCAUAAAUGGAGUGUAUUCAAAAGUAAGAAUGUUGAGAUGAAUAUGUAGAGACAAAAACAUAGUGGAGCAGCAAUUAGUGUUGAAGGAGUGCUGUUUGAGAUGGUUUGGCUAUGUUCAACAUAGAUUUACUGAUGCAUUAGUAUGGAAGAGCGUUUGGAUUGAAGUAAUAGGAGCGAAGACGAGGAGAAUUAGAUAAUAAACUAUGAGUUAAAAUGGUUAAAUGUCUUUUGGCAGUACUACAAAUCAAAGCAUUUGGCCCUGAGGAUAUUAAAAUAAUGAUCCAUAUUUAGCCAAUUCCAACUAAGACUAUACAGUUGAGGAAGAUAUAAUUUUGGGCUAUUGGCUGUGGUGGCUGAAAACUCCAAUCUAAAUACUUUAUUUUUUUUACUUGCUCUUUAUCCUCAAACUCUAUUAGAGGGUUAAAAUUUCCAUCUGUUAUCUUAGAAAGGUAUUUGGUGUUACCAUCCUAAUUUGUAAUACUUCUAUUUUAUCUAUUUUUAAGAUAUUUACUUCAAUUUAGUUGAAAGUCAUUUAUUAUUCUUUUCUCCGCACUUGCAGGAUUCCAUUUGAUGAGGGCAAUGAUACAUAAGGCUAUAGAAUAUGAGAAACUGAUAUAGUUAAGAAAAUAGUAGAAGAUAACUUUCAUCUGAAAAUAUCGAGUAUUUCAAGGAUAUUCAUUCACCAGGAGUCUACAAGAUUCCUUGUUAGUGGAAUCAAAUCUCCUCAUCCUGUUUUUGUAACUAUGAACACGGACAUGGAAGCAAUCAAUAAUCCAUCAAUAGUCAGCUUGGAGUUCAAAAAGCUACCAAGUUUAAGAAAUCAGAAAAAGCAUGAUGUGCAAGAUAUUAGUGAUUCAACUCAUAAGAAGGUUGAGGAAGGUAGCCUGCCUCAUAUUGAUGAUUUGAAUAAUUUUUCAACUCUUUGUUUAUUGGAUAAAGGUGACGAUGAGGCAAUUCUUUUGUCCAAUGUGGGUGAAACUAAUAAACAUAUUUCACUUGUUAUUAGUGACAAAGAGAAUGUCCUCUCAGAAAGUUUGGCUUCUUUGUCAAUAAGACCACCAGCUUGUCACUUGAAGAAAAAACUUCUUGUUCUUGAUUUAAAUGGGUUGCUUGUGGAUAUAGUUUCUUCUCCUCCAAAGGGUUUCAAAGCAGACAUAAGAAUUAGAAGACAAGCAAUUUUUGCGAGACCCUUUUGUCUUGAUUUUCUAAACUUUUGUUUUGAGAGAUUUGAAGUGGGCAUCUGGUCUUCAAGAAUGAAGAAGAAUAUGGAUAACAUCGUUGACUAUUUGAUGGGAGACAUGAAGCGCAAGUUAAUGUUUUGUUGGGAUGUGUCACACUGUACUAUGACACGAUACAAUACCCUUGAAAACAAGCAUAAGCCCUUGGUUUUCAAGGAACUGAGGAGAAUAUGGGAAAAACAUGAUCCUGAACUUCCUUGGGAGAAGGGAUUUUAUGAUGAAUCAAAUACCUUGUUAAUAGAUGAUUCACCUUAUAAAGCAUUGCUUAAUCCUGUGCAUACUGCAAUAUUCCCUUACUCAUACCAGUGUCAGGACAGGAAGGAUAAUGCUUUAGGAGAUGGAGGUGAUCUUAGAGUUUAUUUGGAAGGACUGGCUGAAGCCGACAAUGUACAGAAGUUUGUAGAGCAACACCCAUUUGGUAAAAAACCGAUCACUGAAAGAAGUGCAUCUUGGGGUUUCUACCUGAAUGUUAUGAGCACAUCAUCUUUGCUUCCUUCGUUGGGAUAAUUUCUAUCUCAGUUAAUUUUGGUUAUGGUUUUGCUAGUUAAAGUUGACAUAAGCUUUUAGAAUCAUCAACACUUUUAAUUGCUGAUAUAAAUAUUUGUGGUUUGCUUGCGCUUUCAUUAGUUUAAAGAACAGAGUUGGAAGGUGACUACAUUAUGCACAAAUUGAUGUUAGACUGGAUAUGGGAAUUGAAAAUUGGAUUGACAUCGUGUACAA